AUGUGUAGGUCAAAUGGUCCUACACCUACACUAGGCCCGGUUAUACCAGAGGAUGUGUCCGAUCUUAACAUAGAUCUUUUCAGGUGCAUAUUAAUGGCUAUUAGAUCAACUUAUGUGCUCCCACCACAGCUUAUUGGCGAAGCUCUGCAUGUCUAUGCCUGUAAGUGGCUACCCAGCAUCACAAAGCUUAAAAGUUCAUUCAAUUCAGCAACACAAGCAGAACAAUCUAAAGCUGUGAGCCGAAAAAUUCUGGAGACAAUUGUCAGCAUGAUUCCUGCUGAUAGAGGGUCGGUUUCAGCUGGCUUCUUGUUAAGGCUUCUCAGCAUUUCAAGCCCUCUUGGUGUCUCCCCAGUGACCAAAACAGAACUAGUAAAGAGAGCCAGCAUACAGUUUGAGGAGGCAACAGCGAGUGACCUGCUUUAUCCUUCAACAUCCCCUUUGGACCAAAACUUUUAUGACACGGAAUUAGUCCUAGCAGUGUUGGAAAGUUACUUAAAGUUUUGGAAAAGAAUCUCCCCUGCUGUUGUGGAUAACAGACACUUGAUAAAAUCAAUCAGAAGUGUUGGUAAGCUCAUUGAUUCCUAUCUUCAAGUGGUGGCAAGGGAUGAUAAUAUGCCAGUGUCAAAAUUUGUCUCCCUGGCUGAAACUGUGCCAGCUAUUGGCCGAUUAGGGCAUGAUGAUCUCUACCAGGCUAUAAACAUCUAUCUUAAGGUGCAUCCUGACCUAAUCAAAGCAGACAAAAAGCGCUUGUGUGGGAUUCUGGAGUGCCAAAAGCUGACCCCAGAAGUGCGUGCACAUGCAGUCAAAAAUGAAUUUCUGCCACUGCGAACUGUGGUGCAGCUCCUCUACUUUGAACAAGAAAAAGAUUCUAAGGAAACCACUAGUUCCAAGCUGCAAAAGUCUCAUGAUCUACUUCUAGGAGCAAAGAAGAGAACAGCCACUAGAGAUAGCCAUGGCAAGCGAUCUUUAGUAAACAAAGAAGAAUUCAAGAGAGAAGAAGUCACAAGAAGAAUCUCCCAUGCUGAAAGUAGAGAAAAGAGUCAACACAAAACUAAAAGAUCAGAUGGUAAGUUGGCAUUGGACUUGGAAAAAAAGAUGGUUAUAAGAGGAGACAAUGAAGAUAUAGGAUCAGAAAAGUUAAGGGGAGCCAAGGAAGAAAGAAUGUCAAGCAGCAAGUCAAACUUGGAUGCUAAGAAAAACAUACAAAGGGCAAGAAAGAAUGUGAAAGGAGAAGAUAGAGAUAAUAGUGAUUAUACCCUUGAAACACUCAGAGCAAUCUUCAUUUCCCUAUAUAUGAACUUAGUAGCCUCUAUUCUUAUCAUUUCUUUUUUACAUGUGUCAUAAAUGUAAGCAAGGUAUUGUCCUU